AUGGUCGUCUACUACGCAUGGUUAGGGAGCGCGCGGCGGAGCAAGCACCUGCGAGCAACCAGCAAGGAGGGACCGGUGAAAGAGGAGCUGGGCACGACCAUUGACACGGGCGUGGGCGUUGGUGGAGGAGCUGUUGCACCGACCAUUGACACGGGAACGAUCGGGGCGAGCUACGGCCAAUUCAAGUUUGGAUUUUGCAACGGGACAGCACCAAGCCCGGCCCCAAACAACCCCAUACAACGAAGGGAGUACGCGAAGGGCCAAAUGCUCGCAUUCACGGUGCUGAAUCAUUGUGUUUCUCCACCCAUCCGAAUGUCUAUUGCUGGUUUCUCUCAGCAAGAGAAAGCCGGGCAGAUGGCAUGGGCAUACAUCUUGUCUACCUAUCAAGCUCGUGAUGCCCUCCACGCUUCCCUACUUCAGACCCAGUUAGCCCAACUCAGGAAGGGAGAUGAUGAGACGGCGGAAUCCUACUGCAAUAGGGCCCGCACGAAUCGAGCGGAGCUGCUGACCAUUGGACAGGAGGUCCACAUGGCCACGUUUGCCGCUCACGUGCUGAAGGGCCUGCCACCGGAGUACGCGUUUCUUUGCCGCAAGCUUGAUAUUUCCAGCCCUGACAUGACGGUGGAACGUGUGUGCAGCGAGGUGUUGAUGGAGGAGCAGACUCUCUCUAUUGAACAGAGCUACAAGCAAAUCACCAGUGAUGCAUCUGCUUUCUCGGGCGCUGUGAACACGAUCGUGGCUGCAACGGGGGUCAACGGGAAGGAAGGAAAAGGAGGAAAGGAGCUGACGGACAAGAAGAAGGAUGGCAAGCGGGAGAAGAAGCGAGCCCCCUUCAAAGGGCGCUGCUACAACUGCAAUGAGGAGGGGCACAUGGCUGCCAAGUGCCCCAACAAGAAGAAGGAUGCAACGCCUGCAGCAGCCGCGAACGUAGCUGAAGGAGACGGGAAGGGCGUGGCGCUCACCGUCGCGUGUUCGGCUGCAAGGUUGCUGGCCGAUGACGAGGACUUGUGGUUCCUCGACUCGGUGUGCUCCCAACACAUGACCGGCCGCAAGGAGUGGUUCACAGGGAUUCGUGACCCAUCUGCAACAAUAUCCGUCAAAGGGUUUGAUGGUUCUAUGCAGGAAGUCGCCGGUGUUGCAAGCAACGGCACGAUGGCUGCAACGGCAUGCAACGGCACGGUGGCUGCAGCGGCAUCCAACGGCACGGUGGAUGCAGCGGCAUGCAACGGCUCGGCGGCUGCAGUGACAUGCAAUGGCAUGGCUAAGGCGGUUGCUGAAGUGGCGUCAAGCAACCCGGGAACGAAGGCAAAAGCGGCCAGCCUCAAGGCGUACGCGGUGGGCACGAAGGCAACGCCCAACCUGUAG